AGCUAUUUAUUGCCUUUAAAGCAAAGCAAAUAUAAAACAUAUAAAUAUAAAUUUUAUUAAUCAUCGCCUCAAGCUAUCUUUACAACCAUUAUUGUCUGAAUGAGCUAUGUUUAUUGAUCCUAAGUUCUGGUGCUAAAUGUGAUAAUACCUAUAACAUUUUUGCUGGUCUUUCAUCUCAAAAUAGCAUAUUGUAAAUGUACAAGCUGGAAUCGCGCUGGAAUAAACGCGGAAUCAAAAAGUGCCCUAAAUGUGGCACGUUCAAUGGAAAUCGAGCAAUCAGUUGUAAGAAUAGAACAUGUCAACAGGCACUCAGUCGUCGUCGCCCGGACCCGAUUAAAAAUGGUCAUUUUGGUGCAGUUCAAAUUAAACAUGCGCUGGAACAAACGGUAAAAAUCUAUAGCAUCCGUAAGCUGAACGGUACAAAACUGGUCCGAGGCUUCGUGGAAAUUCGAGAUUGCAUGGACAAAGUUCAAGAUCAGUUACUGCAAUUGAAAACCGCAAUCUGCUACGUGGAUUGUCAACCUCAUGCAGAUCAGGAGGGAACUUGUCAGCAUGUGCGGGUAGCAUCCGUGACGCAAGAACGGGCAGAGGAAAUGGCUUUUGACAGCGGCAAUCUACAAAAGCUCAACAUAAAUACCGCGAUACGAGAUGCGAUUUUGAAGCAACAGUUGAAAUGCAGAUCAGAGGAAACUCCGUUGGUGCAAAAGGUUUCCGCUGACACCUUUGUGGUAAGGUGUGAUGACAAACAUCAUCCAUCAGUACCAUUUUGUCACGUGCAGCUGAUGUAUCCAGACCGUAUAAUCUACGAUUGCCAAGUUGCAGAUAAUGAAGAAGAGUCCACUUCCUGCCAUCAUGCGUUUGUUGUUGCAGCGGCUAUUCUCAGCACUCCAAAGUAUUAUCCGGUAUUUAAAGAAAUCAUUGAUCGUUUCGUCAUCUCUAGUGAUGUACCGCAAGAGAAAUUUGUUCCAAGUGAAAUCUCGGUUCUGAACGGUGCAAUUUUUCUAACUAGCAGUCCUACUAUUACUGACAAUAGUUCACAAGACAUCCAAAACAGUGAUAAACUUUUGCUUGCUACAAUCGAAAAAUCUGACAUCCAGUUAAUUGACUGUAAUCUUGCCUUCCAAUCUGAAUUGGGUAAUAUGUGCUUCGCUGGUCCCGGUGACGAGACUCCCGCUCGCGUAUCUCCCAUUAUCGAGCUGGUUAAUAGUAAUGAAAACAGCAUCUGUGGUGCAGAGGCAUUUGCAGCUGAUUAUGAGGAUAACUUGCAAUUGAUGGAUUGCCAAAUAGAGUUGAUGGAUCAGUUCAGUCUCACAGAUCGCAUCGAUUUUUGUCCGUCGGACGUUGAGCUCAGUGAUGAUAAUCUCGUCACUGAUAAAUGUUUGGAUUCCCCGGUGGUCAGUAGUGAGCACUUGACGGAAACGGUAUCCAGUUCGGCGAAACAAUCGAAGCCUAAAUUGUUGGAGAUUACGACAAAGAAAGGUGCUUUGAAACAGUCGGCUAAAGUGGCUAAAGAGAAGCUCAAGAAAGGAAGCUAUAAUGUGAGAAGGCUUAUGAAGAUUCUAGAGUCAAACGGCGUUGUGUUCAAUCGUCUGAAGAGGAGUAGAGCAAUGGAACUUGCUGCUGCUGAGGAUAGGCCAUUAUCAGCUGGUACUUUACCAUCCUAUGAAGCUACCGUCUGCAAUUUGUCUUUUACUAGUUGGUUGGAACAUGUGAUAGAACAGUUGAAUUCCGUAAUGGAAUAUGAUGGUGAUGGCAAGCCACCUCCGCAGGUUUUUAGCAUUCAUGAGGACUUUUUCAGGUGUCUUCGGGCACGUUUCUCGGUUGGGCAUACGUACCGGAUGCCAGAUCACGACUUGGUGCUAAGUCAAGGAGUAAGAAAAGGGCUUCUUUGUCAGGUUUAUAACUUUUCAUGUUACAAGAGCUUACGUAACGCGUUGAAAACGGAUAAGAUAGCUCUUAAAUUCGAAAAAUCAUUCUGUCGAACCGCCGAUGGUACAUUCGAAGAAAUUGACCUGUCCGAUGCACCAUCCAGUAGUCAGGUGCACGCGACUAAAGGACUUCUAAUCAAGGCACAUCAAUACAAGACGUACAUCAAAAUGGGCGCCUAUCGGAGCGAUCCCAGCGGAAGGGUUUACUAUUUCGUUAUCGAGUGGAUCGCAGGAACGCUGCCCCGCAGUGGAUUCGGAGAGCUACGGAUCACGCUAGAAUAUGGACACAAAGAGAAUCAUCUACACGUAGACCCGCCUGUUGGGACGUCUCUUCGGAAUGGCAUUUCGGUACUGGAAAAAGGACCCAGCUGAUAGGUUCCAUAAAUUUUGCGAUAUAAUAGACUUGGAAUGUGUACACUAUAUACAUUGCAGGAUAAAAUAGCACCUCUUACACGCUAACAAGAGUAAUAAAUAUCUCCGGUAUC